ACCAGAGAAGAAAGAGAGGGAAACUUUGAGAGAGAGAGAGAGAGAGAGAGAGGAGAGAGGGGGAAAGAAAGUCUUCCAACCAGUCAUUGACUAUGGAGAACUAAGAGUACAGAGGAAGAGAGCACUCAUCCAUCUAUUCAUUCCUCAUCUUCUCCAUUCUCUCUCUCAUCUGAUCCAAAAUUGAGAGACUUUUAGAGAGGGAGAGUGAGAAAAAUGGAGUCUGGCCAACAAUCUCCCCAAUUGAAAGGGUUUGUCAUAAUCACACUCCCUCCUGCUGAUAACCCUUCUCUUGGCAAAACCAUAACAGCUUUCACUCUCUCUGAUGAUUCACCUCAACCCCAACCCCAAUCUCAAUCUCAAUCUCAACAACCCCACCACCAAUCCCCACCACCACCACCACCACCACUACUUCCUAUUCAAUCACCACCAAACCCUCAACUUCCUCAAUUCUCACCCAGAAGAUCCCUCUUUGGUACUAGAAGAAUUCGAUUGAGUCUUCUGGGUAUCUUCCUAAUCGCUCUAAUUUUGUGGCGUUAUUCUUCUCCAUCUACCCUUUAUGAAGAAUUAAGCAGUUCUAAUGAAGAUCGCGAAAAACCCACUUCCUUUAUCUUUCCUUUGUAUCCUAAAUUGGGUAUUCGAGAGAUGUCACAGAGAGAUAUUGAGCUUAAAUUGGGGAAGUUUGUGAGGAAGAAUUCGGCGGUUUCUGUGUCACAGAUUGAUGAUGGAAUGAGACACAAAUCGAACUCUAAAUUUGUUUCGAGCUCGUUGAAGAUCGGUUCAACUGCUAAUUUACCUGUUAGGGGAAAUAUUUAUCCAGAUGGAUUGUAUUACACACAUAUGCUUGUUGGGAGUCCUCCAAAACAUUAUUUUCUUGAUGUGGAUACUGGGAGUGACUUAACAUGGAUCCAAUGUGAUGCUCCAUGCUCUAGUUGUGCUAAGGGAGCGCACCCUUUGUACAAACCCACGAAAGGCCAAAUCAUACCUUCCAAGGACUCGUUGUGUUUUGAAGUUCAGAGAAAUCAGAAGACAUAUUGUCAAACAUGUUUGCAGUGUGAUUAUGAAAUAGAAUAUGCAGAUCAAAGCUCCUCCAUUGGGGUUCUUACAAGGGAUGAGCUCCAUCUAACAGUUGCCAAUGGAUCAGUUACCCAGUCGAGUGUCGUUUUUGGGUGUGCAUAUGAUCAGCAAGGCUUACUCCUAAAUUCAUUGGCAAUGACGGAUGGAAUUCUAGGGCUUAGCAGGGCUAAAGUUAGCUUACCUUCUCAAUUGGCAAGUCAGGGAAUCAUUAACAAUGUUGUAGGCCAUUGUCUCACCACUGAUUCAGGAGGUGGUGGAUAUAUGUUCUUGGGUGAUGACUUUGUCCCCUACUGGCAAAUGACAUGGAUCCCCAUGCUUUACAGCCCUUCCACGAACUUUUAUCAGACAGAGGUCGUCAAAAUGAGUUAUGGAAAUAAAAAACUCAGUUUAGGUGGUCAGUCUGAUGGACUAGCACGGGUAAUUUUUGAUAGCGGCAGUUCUUAUACAUACUUCACAAAUCAAGCAUAUUCUGAUUUGGUUGCCUCCCUUAAUGAUGUUUCUGGUGACGGCCUCAUCCAGGAUGCAUCCGACACUACGUUGCCCAUUUGUUGGCGAGCUAAAUUCCCAAUAAGAUCUGUUUCAGAUGUCAAGCAAAAUUUUAAACCAUUGACCCUUCAAUUUGGAAGCAAAUGGUGGAUGGCCUCCAGAAAGCUUCGUAUUAUGCCGGAGGGUUACUUGAUCGUAAAUAAUAAAGGCAAUGCGUGCUUGGGUAUCCUUGAUGGAAGCAAAGUACAUGAUGGUUCCACUGUUAUAAUCGGAGAUAUCUCAUUGCGAGGACAAUUGGUUGUCUAUGACAAUGUGAACGAGAAAAUCGGGUGGGCCCAAUCAGAUUGUGUCAAGCCGGAGAGAAUUAAGAGCCUUCCAUUUUUCGGAGGCAUGGAUCGUGAGAGUUAACAUGGACAACAUUUGACACACCAAAAAAACAAAAAAAAAAUGACUCGCUGAACAUUCAAUCCAGUAUUGAUGGACAGUUUUUCCUUGUAAAUAACCAGCUCAGUCGCUGCCUUUUUGAGAAUUUUGUGUGCUAUAACUUCUAUCAUAUGUUUAUAUAAAUCUUCACUUCACUUGGACAUAUAUAAAUACCUGCUUUUUUGUUA